UAUUAAAUAGUAGCAGCAGUUUGUGCCAGAAGUAAUAAUGUACGCAACAAAUAUUGGCGGUGAUGCGGCCACAAUUGAUUUGAAUAAGGAAUAUUCGCCCACACUGAAUUCAAAGCGUUUUUUAGAAACUGCAGAACCCAAUAAAGCCGUAAUCGAGCAAUUUUUAAAGCUCACAACGGAACAAACUGCAGCUGCACGUGCAAAAUACAAAGUUCGUCAAAAUGUUUCUUACGCAAAGCACUUUAAACAAAAUGUAAAUACUUUGGAUAACCAAAUGGUGGACAUAUACUAUAAGGAUAAAGAAAAUGGCAUGCCCAUUUUCGUUUAUAUACACGGUGGUUACUGGCAAGAAUUGGAUAGAAGUACAUCUGGUUCUUUUGUAGCACCAUUAGUUGAACAAGGCUUUCGAGUAGUUGCCGUGGAUUACAAUUUAUGUCCCACUGUGACACUUGCUAAACUUAACGAACAAAUAAUGCAUUUCUUUGAAUGGUUGUAUGCAUAUGCAAGAGACACUGAAGCGAGUAAAAUCUCAAUAAGUGGUCACUCAGCAGGCGCCUACUUGACAACUCUAUUGUUCAGUAACAGUUUACUAAAAUUACCAUUUGCUGAGCAUACGGUGUCGUUUUUCUUGAUCAGUGGAGUUUUUGAUUUACGUGAGUGUUGGAAUUUACCAAGCGUUAACCCCGCGAACAUAUUAAGCUUAGAUUUAGCAAGCGCAGAAGCAUUAUCACCAAUUUGUUGGAAACUGGAUACAAAAUUCAUCGAGUUUGCCAAACAAAUCAAACUACGUAUUUAUGUUUUAGUAGCGGAAAAUGACAGUGAAACAUUUAAAGGACAGUCUUUGACUUUUGCAAAGAAAUUGAGUGAGGCUGGUCUAAACAUUGAAUAUGAAAUAUUUGAGGGAUAUGAUCAUUUUGAUAUUAUUGAACAGGUGCCUGUCAAAGAAUCCGUGAUAAAUAUGUAUUUAUUAAAAAAAUUAGUGUAAUACAUACACACAUUAAUAAGUAAGAGCACAGUGGAUUAGUAAAUUCCGUAAUGAGACUCAUAAGUUUGUGCGGAACACACCAAUUCAAUAAAAGCUGCUACUGAUCAUGUA